AUGUCGGCGACGGGACCCAUCAGUAACUAUUACGUGGACUCCCUGAUCAGCCACGAGAAUGAAGAUCUCCUAGCGUCCAGGUUCCCUGCCACUGGGGCUCACCCCGCAGCCGCCAGACCCACCGGCUUGGUCCCGGACUGUAGCGAUUUUCCGUCCUGUAGCUUUGCCCCCAAGCCGGCAGUGUUCACCACGUCCUGGGCUCCGGUCCACUCCCAGUCGUCUGUCGUCUACCACCCCUACACCCACCAGCCCCACCUUGGAGCGGACACGCGGUAUAUGCGGACUUGGCUGGAGCCCCUGUCCGGGGCCGUCUCCUUCCCCAGCUUUCCAGCUGGGGGCCGCCACUACGCCCUCAAACCCGACGCCUACCCGGGCCGCCGGGCGGACUGUGGCCCGGGGGACGGGCGGAGUUACCCAGACUACAUGUAUGGCUCUCCCGGGGAGCUUCGGGACCGGACCCCGCAGGCUCUCCCCUCCCCGGAGUCGGACGCGCUGACCAACAGCAAGCACAAAGAGGAGAAGACAGAACUGGACCCGAGUAACCCAGUGGCAAAUUGGAUCCACGCUCGCUCUACGAGGAAGAAGCGAUGUCCCUACACCAAAUACCAGACACUGGAACUGGAGAAGGAGUUUCUGUUCAAUAUGUAUUUAACCAGGGACCGUCGGUACGAGGUGGCCCGGGUCCUCAACCUCACCGAGCGCCAGGUCAAAAUCUGGUUUCAAAACCGGAGGAUGAAGAUGAAAAAGAUGAACAAGGAGAAAACCGACAAGGAGCAAUCCUAA